UCAAGUGACUCCGAUAUGGCCAGCACCGACGCGCCGGCAGCGCAGGCUGCCUCAGCGCCUAGAGACGAGGGUGCGCUCGAGGCGUCAACUCCCACCCGUACCCCCGAGGCACCGGCAGACGAGUUCGACGCGGACCUCGUCGCCGACCUCCAUGACGCCUUUGGCAUGAUGUACGCCGGCAGCGAAUGGGACAGCGACGACGAGGAACAGCACCCGAAACGCACGACAGAUGGCUUCGACCUCCCAUCUCUCCUCUCCGAGCUCGCGGCCCUCAUCUCAUUCCCCCAACAGGCGGGAACGAAGCGCCGUCUCUUUCCACCUCGCACCCGCGCGCCAUCCGUCUUCCCCUCGACCUCGCCCAUCCCCCCUCUCCCACCAGCAACAGCCUACCUCCCCUUCUCGCCGCUGCCCCUGCUCGCGCGCCUGCGUACCUUCGGCGCCUCGGGCCUCUCGCCCACCGUGCCACCCGAAAUAGGGGCAUUGGCCUGCGCUCUCCACGGCUGGGUUAGUGCUGGGCGGGACGCGCUUGCCUGCGCUCACGCAUGCGGCGCCACAUGGGGCGUUGGCGGCCUGUCCGAUCUCCGACCAGCAGUGCGCGAUGGCGUUGUCCGCCGCCUCAAGUCAACGCUUUCGAGCCGCCAUGCUCCUGGCUGCGCGUGGCGGAUCACCGCGUCCCCGCCCGAACUCCCAUCCGACCUCAGGCGCAUCCUCCACCCUCUGACGGCAACGAGCCUCGCGCCAUUAUCCCGCGCACUCGCGCAACAAUCUCUCUCGGGCCCUCUUGCUCCCGUCUGGAGCAGCCCAGUUUCAGGCGAGGAGAUCCAGCAUCUUGCUAUUGCGCUGCGCCGCCACCUCCCGCCCCUCGGGCCAGAUCCCGAGUCGGAGAACCGCACUGCUGGCCCUCGACCACCCGAGCCGAAGGAGCUGCUCGCCUCCGCACUUGCACUUUUUGGCUGGUUCCCGUACGACCCCUCGUUCCCGACCGACCACGUGCUGGCGCACGGCACGCCGACCGACAUUGUGGCGUGCCGCAUCUGUCGCCGUCGCGUUGGCUUGUGGUCCUUCGCUCCGGAGCAUGGGCGUGCGCUGGACCUGGGAGCUGCGCACGUCUCCUGGUGUCCCCUGCGUGCUGAGGGGUGGUGGCGCGAGAGUGCGCUCGUCGCUGGGCGGAGAGAAGGAAUACUGAUGGAUCCCAAGACACUGGGAGAAAUGCUCAUCGUCAGCGACGACGGCCGGCCGAAGAAGAAGUGGCGUCGGAGGUAGCGGCUAGGAGGUGAUGGUCAGCGAGCGGCGGUAGUGUAGAGUACUGUUGUAUGCAUCUAGUAGCAUCGU